CUCGUCCGAGUAACUUGGACAUGUUGGAGAUCAGCAACUUGGAAAAGUGUGACGUCAUUAGCGAUUCGGGGGAACACAAGCCUUAUCGCUAAUGCUGCCAUCUCGAGUAAUUUUGCACAAUGGUAAUAAAAGGCAUCAUGGCAAGGAAAAAGGAGCAAACAUUGCCCUUUUCCUAUCCCACAAUCAGUGACAAUGCCUUUCUACAUACAGCUGUGCAAAAUCAGCCAUGCGGUUAUUAGCAAUAAGGCUUAUUAUUGCCAAAUUUUGUUACUUGAAGGGAAGUAUGAACCUGUUACAUCAGAGCCAAUAUGUCAACCACUGAAGACCAUGGAGGAUGUCCUCUCUUGGAAACCAGAAGGUGAUGAAUUCAACAUCCCUAUCGCUAAAUUGGCUGCAAGGGUGGAGCCCAGGGAAGCCCGCCCUCGGACGCUUGUGUGUCAUGACAUGAUGGGAGGUUAUAUAGAUGACAGGUUUGUGCAAGGUGUCCCCAAGACCGAUUGUUACCGUUUUUAUCACUGGCAGUAUCUGGAUAUGUUCAUGUAUUUCAGUCAUUAUUUUGUGACUGUUCCCCCACCGGGCUGGACCAAUGCAGCUCAUAAGAAUGGAGUUCCCAUGCUAGGCACGGUGAUCACAGAAUGGACGGAUGGUUUCCAGCGAUGUGAGCAGGCAUUUGCCUCAGAGGCUUCCUACAAGGCCCUUGCAGACAAACUGGUAGCCAUUGCUAAAUACUACAAGUUUGACGGAUGGUUGAUCAACAUUGAAAACAAGAUUUUGCCGCAACAUAUGCCUCAGCUGGUGGAGUUUAUGCGAUACCUUCCAACCAAGAUGCAUGAACAAGUGCCAGGGUCAAAGGUCAUUUGGUACGACAGCGUCAUCACAGAUGGAUCAUUGCGAUGGCAGGACAUGUUGAAUGACCUCAACAGGGUUUUCUUUGAUGCUUGUGAUGGAAUCUUUCUUAACUAUACUUGGAAUGCUGCCAAGUUGGCAAGCAGUGUUACAGCGGCAGGAGACCGGCAGUAUGAUGUAUUUGUGGGUGUGGAUGUCUUUGGCCGCAACUGCUUUGGAGGGGGCGGGUUUAAUACAAACAAGGCUAUGUCUGUGAUCCGACAGAACAACUUGUCGGCAGCCAUUUUUGCUCCUGGCUGGGUGUUUGAAAAGCAUGGAGCAGAAGACUUCAAUGCCAACCAAACGAAGUUCUGGAGCCUGCUGGAUGAAUUUCUGCCCAGCCACGGUGUUGCUUCACUACCUUUCUUCACCAAUUUCUGUCAGGGCUUUGGAGAAAUGGGCUUCAGAAAUGGUCAGGCGGUGAUGAACAAGGCAUGGUGCAAUCUGAGUGCACAGCAGGUUCAGCCAACCUAUGACAACCACCAGUUUGAUCACACCCAGGCCAGUAAUGGAGGCCAGCGUAUGACCCACAGCACAGAGGAUGGGUACAGUGGAGGGGGCAGUUUGCUGCUGAGUGGAAACUUGAACAGAAAAACAGUGCACACCUUCAGAGUGUUUUACACCAGCCUAACCGUAUCCCACCCACUGCUUGUGUCCUAUUCUGUCAAACCAUCACAAGGUGUGGACUCUUGCAUUUACCUGAGACUUAGCAGCAACAAGGAAAAGAUUUUGCUGUGGACAACUGGAGAUUCCACUAAGGAGAGUCAGCUGCCCGUCAGUGCCUUUGGUCUUCAUGAGUCGGAACUUCUAGAUCCACGACUGCCCCAGCUGUCUGGCAUCACUGACCAGUGCCGGGCAUUUGGGCCACUUGUGGGCCGCAGCCACAAGGCCAUGCAGGAUGCAGCAUUGAGGAUGGACAGUCAGGGCACCACAUCUGGUGGAUGGAACACAAGGCACUACCUGCUCCCUGAAAACACCUUCCCAGCAGACACCAAAGUGACGGAACUUGGAGUGAUGUGUUUGCACAAAGCCGCUGAUGGCAGCAAGAUAUCCUACAGUCUCAGGCUUGGUGAAUUGAAGAUUUGUGACCCGGCCAUGUUGAGAGACCAGAUGACACAGGUCACAGACCUAGAGUGCCUUGACCUGUCCUGGCAUCCACCCCUCCCAAUCUUCUCCAAGGGUGAUGCCUUUUGGUCCCUCUGUGCUACACUGCGCUGGCGUUAUGCCCCUGCAGCACUGCACUUUGACGUCUACUGCCAGGGAGUGCAGCGUGAUCCGAACCAGUCCCGUGAUGUCAAGGAGACAGAUGUCGUCUUCAUCGGCCGGGCACAUGCUCGCACGUUCCGCAUCUGCCACCUGCUGGUGUCAAAGGUCGUUGGGAGCCGACCUAAAUCACUGGAUUUGAUUGUACAGCCAACCACAGCAGCUGGUUUUGUUGCUCCAUUGGUUAGUGCAACAAGAAUCAAGGUGACAUAUUCUGAUUAAGGUUAGUGGUACGCGCUGUCUGGAUGGCCGUCUGUGUGUUGUAGCAGUCAUAGUAUAUUUGCAAUGAGGAAUUGCAAUUCUUAGAAAUUUGCUUACAAUGGCAUUACUUUUUAUGAUAUUUGAAGUCUGUUGUACCAUACACUGUGAAUGAUCUGAUACAUUGUACAUGCAUUGCUUCAAACCACACAUUACUUCUAUUUUUCCAAGAAUUUUUUUCUAUUGUCUUUUAAGAUUUGAGGUUUUUCUGUUUGAAAUACUGGGAUAUACAUAUGAAGAAUAACUAUCUUUGGCUACAUAGUAUUUUGCAAGAGUCUGACUUCAUAAGAUAUAUUUGAAACAGAGUUGGAUUUAAUGUUAUAAGGAAAUGUAAUUUAAUUAAUAGUUUCUACAAGAUAAAUGACCAAGAAUAUAAGAGGUUUUAUUUUCUCAUGCAUUUCUGUUACCAUCAUUAAACACAUUGGAAUACUGCAAAGCAUUCAAGUAUUAUUAGAACUGUAAAAAUGUAUUCAUAUUAACUUGGAAAGGUUUUAUUUUGUCAUAUUUGUAAGUGGGUAUAUGGGAAGAAAUUGUCAAAACUCAAGCUUUUAGACAAGACAAUCCUCUUGCUUGAACAACUUAAAAUCACUGAAUAUUUUUCUAUGUGCAAUCUAGGUGUAUUGCAAAUUCUGAACGCUAUACAUAUUGGAUUUGUUUGCAUGUAACUCGAGUUUGGUCAACUAUGGUUUGUAUUUGAGAAGUAAUCCUGAACAAUAGUGUUGGUGUGAUCAAUAAUAAAUGAUCACUUUGUGCCUUUGACAUGUGUAUUUGUAAUGGAUCUACACGGGGAAAAAAAUUAACAUCGUUUUGAUCCUGUGAUGUUGAUAUGAAGAAAAGUAGAAAUGAUCAAACAGUGCUGAAGUUGAUUUAUACUUUGUGUGAGUGAAAUGUGAAAUGAAUUUGCUGUCAAGAACCAUUCAUGGACAAGAAUUUUGGCUGGAGUUUAAGUGUGUCUCACUUAUUUGAACAGAAGAACAGUUGUUUCCUGUCUUGUCACAAAAUUGCCAGGCGUUUGCCUGAAGUAUGAAUUCACUUUUUAGAAUUUUAAAUUGUAAAAAAAUACUUCAAAUUAGCUAAUAGUCUUCAUGCAUGAAUAGUGGAAUUAUUUUCUGUGGCUACAGGCUGAAUAAAAAUCUUGGAAUGAGCAUUUGAAUUGAAGUCCUCUGGUUAAUUUAAACAGGACAUGACAGCAAACAUUUCAAAAGUUUGAACACCAAAGAAUUUUAAAAAUCCAAAUGACAGAAACAAAAAUACAGGCCUGAUGUCAAAGCACAGCAAGUAGUUUCUGGUGAGACAAUUUAAUUUAUAAUAGCAGAGAGUACACUGACAUGACAGGUAUAUCAAGUUAAUUACUGUUUCUGGAACAUUACACACCCAUUUGCCACACUUCUCUAUUUCUCUUUAUCACAUCUAGCGACUUAAAAGUUAAAUUUAAUGAUACAUGUAAAAUAGAAAUUAGGACUUUUUCAAGAAAUUACUAUAAGUUUAAAACAUCGAAGAUUAAGCGUUCACCAUGUAAACAUGCUUGAUACAUUUGGCAUAUACUCUGCUGUGCCACAAAACAGUAGCACUACUGAAUGGUACAAAUUGUCAGCUGUUUAACCAUCAACCUUUAACACACAUUUGAUGCUGUUCAGGGAGGGCACAUGUAUACGCCUUGGGUGCAAUUUGCCCCUGAGGUUACACAAAACCCAUGGAACCCAUCUCAACAGGUAACAAUUACUUUGUCAUACCAAUUUCAAAGAUUUUAAGAAUGCAAGUGAAGAGUAAAAUACAAUUGACUGUGAAGACAUGCAUUUCAUUUCACUGAAAUUGUCUUCCAUUGACUUGAACAAAUGCAACUAAAUUAAACAAUUGGUAGAGGGUACAAUCUUUUGUGUUGAAAUUUCUGAAGAAUUUUUCUGGUAAAUGACAGUUUUGGACACAAUACUGUUUUGGGUAAUGUCUGAAGGAAGUUGGGUCUCCCCCACCAUGCCACUUGAGAGCAGAAUUUAGAACCAUAUUUAACUUUCACAAAAAGUUCAGUAUUUUCUUGGUGCUGUGCUGUCCUGAACAAAAUAGGGGCAUUAAAAUCACAAAGAAAUAAUGGCGAAAUUGGCCCAGUAAAAAAAAAAAAA